AUGCAAGAAAUAAUAAAUUUAGGAUACACAAAAAAUCAUGAAGGAGAAUGCCAGCAGCAGCUUAGAAGGAGAUACCGCAAGUUUAUGGUAGAGAAUAACGAAGAACCCAAGGAUGUGCAGUCAGUAUCUAAGUGUGUAUCCCUUCAUACGUCUCCAAACUUCAGCAAAGUGGAUAACAAACCCUUUACAACGUUGAAUUUUACGGACCUGGGUUCCCCUUUCGGGGGGCCCAACGAAGAUCCUCCAGGCACCCCUACUAUGUCGGGAGAGGGUCACAUAGGCCCGCCGACACCUCAUGAAUCCAACAAUUCCACACCUGUAUCUAAAAGUGCAUUCAUUGAGCUGCAACAGCACGGAUACGGACCCCUGCGGACCUCUUAUCAGCACCACUUCAACUCUCCGGCGGGAAAUGCACACUCAGGUCCGACGGGGGGUCACGACGGCGGCUUUCCGAGCCCCAGGGGUGCCUUAGGAGCCUAUCCCUUUCCUCCGAUGCAGCAGCAUUCGUAUACGGGUUACCAUUUGGGAUCUUAUGCUUCGAAUUGUCCUCCUUCUCCUAAAGAUGACGACAAAUGUCUGUCGUUGGAUCGGCCGUCGGGCGGAGGCAAAGGUAAAAAAAUGCGAAAACCCCGUACAAUAUACUCCAGUCUUCAACUACAACAACUGAAUAGGAGAUUCCAAAGGACACAGUACCUGGCCUUACCAGAAAGGGCCGAACUGGCGGCCAGUUUGGGCCUUACACAGACUCAGAAACCGCAAGAGGGAACUGUAAUGAUCCUAGAUAUUAUGUGUUAUAUAUUAGCAUGUAAUAAAUGCGAUAAAAUGGAGAUUAAGUAA